AUGAUCCACCACUCCAACAGUGAAUCGCCCACAGAAGUCAAGGACACCCGCAUCAAGAAGCGCAAGUACUCCCGUGGCGGGUGUGACGAGUGCAAGCGUCGCAAGAUGAAGUGUGACGAAGGAAAGCCCCAUUGCCACAACUGUACCCGUCUAAACAAGGUGUGUGUGUACAGCAAGAAGCAGAAGUUCCGCUUCGACAAGAUGAGCUCGGAUGCUGAGGGCAAGAUGGGGCCAAACAACGCCGAAGCAGGUGCAAACGGUGCCCAACACGCCAAAGAAGGCAUUGCCAUGCGCUUCUACAACCCCAGUGGACAUUACGGCAACGAGUUUGUCCCCAGCAUCGACAACAGCCACAGACAGUCUAAGUCCAGUGCAGCGCAGCAGCCAGACCUCGCCAACCUCAUCUCGACAUACGCUCCAAUGGUGCCACGAGCGUCGUUCAAAAACUCGAUUCCCGACAUCCUCUCCAACUCCAUCGCGUCCACGCUCUCUACGUCCAAGGCAGACAUGUUGAAUUUGUUCGACACAGCCAGCCUCUUGGUCAACGAUAUCAACGAAUUGGUAGCGCUCGACGUCCACAACGAGUACCUCGUUGGGGGUAGUCCCGAGGGCCAAAUCAUGGGCCUGGUGCCCUCUCGGCCCGCAGAUGGCGAGUACUCCAAUGACCAGAGCGUGCGACUGGCCCAGUCUGACACCUUUGAAAAGCACAAUUUCCGGCUCGACGACCUUACCAACCAGUUUCUCGGAAACAGAGACAAGUUCUCGCCUGCAGACUUGAACUCGCCGUUCCAGGCAGCCACCCCUGACGUGGUGCUCUCCGACUUUGAUCUGGACGUCAAAAACUCCGACCUUAUAGCUCAGGUGGUGCAGAAGAACAAGCUCACCGAGCCGCACAUCACCUACUUGAAUACCCUCACCAAAACCCAGCUCUCGUUCCACAUUUUCCCGUUCGCGAGCUCCAUCGAGUCCAACCAGGUGAUGAGGCUAUUGUUGCAGUACCUGAUUGACUGUCCCUACUUGCUCACGUCGUUGUUGGUGAUAUCGUCUACCUUUCAGUACAACCAGAGCGGAAAAACAGUCCACGACAUAUCCAGAAAAAAAUACAUAUCGGUGUGCUUGCGGUCAUUGAGCGAAGUUUUCAAGAGCAGUGGUCAGUCAAAUGGAGUCAUACCUCCCCAUUCCAACUAUCACUUGAAAAAUGACAUCGAGAAGUUGCUACUUACAAUUCUUGUGCUCACGUCGAAUUUCACAGCCACUUCCCUUCAAGACUCGAAAAGAAGCCAAAUGAUGAACUCCUGGAAAGUCCACUUACGAGGUGCCAAAGACCUCUUGACAAAGUACAGCUCGAUCAAGUUAUCACACGAUAAGUCGUACGUUUCGGGUGGGUUGACGCUUGCAAAGACCUGGUUUUUUGCCAUGGAAGCGAUAGCUACUUUGAAUACUGCCCUAGGAGGCACCCUCAAGAGAAGCAAAUUAAAAAAUGGAGCAGAAACAGAAAGCGAAGCAACGAAGCCACUCACACCAGAGACCCCAGAAACGGAUGAUCAUAUCCGUGUCUUCAUGGACACUGGUAUAUUUUACCGGGAUGUGAAUCCGGAGUAUCACGAUGCAUUAGUCAAGAUUGGCUUGUUGAUUCCCUCAUCCAAUCCCCUACUGCUGCCAUACAACUUGUUCUUGGGGUACUCCAUGAAGAUUGUGGAGCUUAGCCAUGAAGUUUCCGAUUCCCUCAAUUUACUCCGGUCCAAGCAGUGUACUCAAAUAUCAUCCACAAAGACAGCAAAAUUGAUGUCGAUGAUUUAUGAGGCCAGGCGAACCGAAAUAAUUCCAGGAACAAUAAAGCCGUCAUAUUUGAUUCCACCAUCUUCACCAGGACACCCUGAAUAUACUGGCCCCAGAGCCGAAUUUCCAUUGACGGCAUACAGCAAGAUUGUCGACCACAAUAACCAGACCCAUUACUAUUCUUGGCUUGACUUAAGUGAACAGAUAAGAGUAGAUACCAUCUAUAUUCGGUUGCUCACCACCCCUGGCUUAUUACAUUUGCCCAGACCACAUCCAUUGCUUACUGAAUUGGUUACCAGGGUGCUCUUCUCCUCGUUCUUGAUCAAAAGCAAAGACCAUCCAGACUACCAAGUGCACAAACACGAUAUUUUGGUGGAGACAGAGCAUUUCUAUUUAAUGAAAAGCGUAUUCGAUUGCAGGGCAUCGAUGAUCCAAUCCGCUUUCAGGGUAUGUUGCAAAAUAGUGGAUGACGAAAAGAGUUUCGAAAUGAUCGAGCUUUACUAUUUGGGAUUGGUGAAGCUAGGUAAUGGAAGCUCGCUUGGAGCCCUCGAUCUGCUUUACAAAAACAGGGAAAAGGCAAGGAAAAGGGCCGCUGGAGAGGUCGUUGAAGACGAAGAGGACAACGACUUCCAAGAGACCAUCCCAUUUGCAUGA